AUUUUGUCUAGUCUAGUAUCUGCUGAAAUUCUUUAAAAAAAAACUCUCAUUUAAAAUUGUAUGUAAAAAAGUAAAAGUUUAAAAUGGCAGAGACAAUGAGACAAACAGUUGCUACAAUAUUAAAAAGUAUAGAAAGGUAUAACCCAGCUAAUCUUCACACGUUAGAACGCUACGUUGAAAUGCAAUCAAAGGAGAAUACCUAUGAUUUGGAAGCAAAUUUAGCCGUGCUCAAACUUUACCAAUUUAAUCCUGAAAAGUUUAACCCUGAUAUAACGUGUCAAAUUCUACUAAAAGCGCUUACAAAUUUUCCUCACACUGAUUUUACUUUGUGCAAGUGUUUGCUUCUCGAGUCUGUUGUAGAAAAUGAAACAAUAUCUCAAAUUAAAUAUUUGGCUGACAUUUUAGAGCAAUGUGAUUUCGCUCAGUUUUGGAACAGAGUUCAUCAGAUGCCAGAGCUUUGCAAUCGCAUUAGCAGCUUUUAUGACUCCAUUCGCAAGUUUGUUUGCCACGUUGUAGGCAUCACCUUCCAAACCAUUGAUAAGAAUAAUCUUGCAAAUCUUUUAGGAGGAAUUGAUGACAUUACUUUGAAACAUUGGGUAAAAAAAUAUGGUUGGCGUGAUGAAGGAGAUCUUAUCUUUAUAGCAAAUCAAGAUGAAAACAUCAAGACCAAGAAUAUAACUGAGAAAAUUGAAUUCGAACACCUAGCUCCAUUGAUGGCUAUUUUGUAAAGAAUAUUUGAUUGAAAAUAAAUAUUGUCAAUUUGUGUUAGUCUACAUUGCACAGUUUACAUUAAUUAAGAUUAAAUAUUCUUAACUUAC